GAGGGAUUCGCUGUGAGCAACGACAACAUCAUGCACAGGCGGGCAGCUUUGGAACUAUCCCGCCGUCACGGUGUCGAAUGGUCGUGCGCAACCGCCCGCAGAAAUGCUGCUUUCGCUCCGAUAGUAGGCCUGGUUCCUCGCCGGUCCUUUCGAAGCUCGCUCCCCCACCCCGACUCCGAGCCUCCAUCAAACAAUCCGGGCGAUUCAGAUGCAGGUUCCGCUCCUGCCCCUGCGGCACCGAAGUUUGGUAAUCGCUGGGGCAGCAAGACACAGAGACCGCUCGCGCUUAGUCCGGCAGAGCAAGCCAUCCGAGACGCUUUAGUAGCAAAGCAGCAACAAGAGCAGCUGCGGCAGCAACAGGAGCGGCAGAAGCGGCAGCAGGAAGAGGAAAAACGAAGGGAGAGACAACAACGACGGAGGGAAGCCCGCCAGGCUCGCACGGAACAGCCGUGGCCAAGCACGAGAUGGCGUGAGGGCCGUCCCCGACAGCCCAGGGAAUCCGAUCAUCCCCCCAGGCGGCGUCCUGCUCCCCCCGUCGUUGAGGACGAGGAAAGCUUGGCUCUCCAACCCGACAAGUCACUCGAGAUCACCAUCAACAGAAUACCCGAGCAGGUGCGGUCGACGAGUUGGAACUGUCCGGAUUGUCAGAAAAGGUGUUCCGGGGAGCAGACUGUCUGCCCGUGUUGCAAAGCAGAGAGACCGGUCUUGCUUGCAAACCCAAAACGACCGUGGGCCCCACCUCGCUAUCGUAGGAGCGAGGAGGAUGCCGUGAAGAUCCGGAGAUUAGGCCCGUCAGGUCCGGAGAAAAAGGAUGACGAUACGGAUAAGAACCUCGACCGAAGGGAAGUAGCCUUCCGGGAAUAUGCGGCAAGCGUGGGACGAUUCGCUGGUGCACGGCCUGUGUUCGACCUUGACUUCGAGGAAAAAAGACGAGCCUCCGAAAACAAGGAAGCGAGUGCAGCAAAGAAAGAAAAGCCGAAGUCUGAUACGGAAGACAAGCAGGCAAAGCCAGCCAAGCCCAGUGACCCGUGGGCCUGGGAUGCGUCAUCCUUGAAGAAUAUUAGAAUACGACACGACGAUGAUGUUGAAAUAAGGCCGAAGCGACGAGACAAUCGCAAGCAACGGGAGACGGGGAGAAGCGAGGAGGAUGAAUUCGACGAGGACGAUGAGGCCGAGCGCAAGAAACGUCGUGAAGAGAAGAAACGCUUGAAGAAGGAGAAGGCACGCAAGAAGGAGUUGCAGACUGCCGCUCCUAGUCCCUUGUACCUCCCUGAGUUCAUCAGUGUCAGCAACCUGGCGGAUGUGAUUGGCGUCCGCCCCGCACAAUUCGUCCAGCGGAUGGAGGAUAUGGGCUUCGAGGAUGUCACCUAUGACCAUGUCCUUGAUGCCGAAACCGCCGGCCUGAUUGCCACGGAAUACAACUACGAACCCAUCUUUGACAAUGGCGAGGAAGAUUUGAUGGCGGCGCCGGAGCCGGAAGACAAAUCGAGCCUGCCCCCGAGGCCCCCAGUUGUGACGAUCAUGGGCCACGUUGACCACGGUAAAACCACCAUUCUGGACUGGCUUCGCAAUUCCUCCAUUGCCGCGUCCGAGCACGGAGGUAUCACGCAGCACAUUGGUGCGUUCUCCGUCGCCAUGCCCUCCGGAAAGACCAUUACCUUCUUGGAUACUCCUGGCCACGCAGCAUUCUUGGAUAUGCGCCGUCGUGGUGCGGACGUGACGGAUAUUGUGGUGCUCGUGGUAGCGGCAGAUGACAGUGUUAAGCCCCAGACGAUCGAGGCGAUCAAACACGCUACCUCUGCCAAUGUCCCGAUCAUCGUUGCUAUGAGCAAGAUGGACAAGGAGGGCGUCAACCCCGAGAAGGUCAAGCAGGAUCUGUCGAUGCACGAUGUGCACGUCGAGGAUUACGGUGGCGACGUGCAAGCGAUUGGAGUGAGUGGUAAGACCGGCCAGGGAAUGCUGGAGCUUGAAGAAGCCAUUGUUACUUUGUCCGAGGUGCUCGAUCACCGGGCCGACCCCAACGGCAACGUUGAAGGAUGGGUGGUCGAGGGCACAACGAAGAGCUAUGGCCGUGUGGCCACGAUGCUUAUCCGGCGCGGUACGCUGCGACCGGGAGAUAUCAUUGUUGCGGGCACCACCUGGACGCGUGUGCGCACGCUCCGCAAUGAGGCCGGCGUCGCGGUUCCCGAGGCCACACCGGGCAUGCCGGUGGAGGUGGAUGGCUGGCGAGAGCAGCCCGAGGCGGGCACCGAGUUCCUGCAGGCUGACGACGAGCAGCAUGCCAAGGAAGUCGUGGAGUACCGGAUGGACAAGGUCGAGACACAUAAACUGAGUGAAGACAUGGCCGCGAUCAACGAAGCGCGUCGGGAAAAGCUGGAGAAGCGCCGUCAAGAAGAGGCGGGCAAGAAGGUGGAAGAGACUGCACCAUCCGGCCCGAAGCCGGUGCAGUUCAUCAUCAAGGCCGACGUGGGCGGCUCCGCCGAGGCAGUCCUCAACUCGGUCACUGCAGUCGGCAACAACGAAGUGUAUGCCAACGUGCUUCGCUCCGAGGUAGGCCCGGUCAGCGAGUUCGACAUUGAGCACGCGGCUACGGCCAAUGGCCACAUCAUCUCCUUCAACAUGGCCAUCGACCCCACGAUAUCCCGGAUGGCCGAGAAGCGCGGCGUGAACAUCAUGGAUCACAAUGUCAUCUACAAACUCACCGACGAGGUCAAGAGCAUCCUGAGUGAGCAUCUGCCCCCGAAUGUCACCCAACGGGUGACCGGAGAAGCCGAGGUCGGACAGGUCUUCGAGAUCUCGCUCAAGGGCCGCAACAAGACGUUCAUUGCCGGAUGCAAGGUGCGCAAUGGAACCAUCAACCGGGCCAAGAAGGUGCGCGUGCUGCGCGGCCAGGAGACAAUCUACGAUGGCUCGAUUUCAUCCCUGAAGAACGUCAAGAAGGACGUGACGGAAAUGCGCAAAGACACGGAAUGUGGUAUCGGCUUCGAGGGCUGGACCGAGUUUGCGGUUGGCGACCAUAUCCAGUGCUACGAGGAGAUUUACGAGAAGCGAUACCUCUAAUCAACUCUUUGACUUUGGAUUGUAUUACUACUUCAUACCCUCUCCUUUAUGUCGACAUCCCCCAAAGCAUGACCCGGCGCGGUGGAGGACCUUUCUGUACCAUAUUCCCCUUGAUAUACAUAGACACCUACCUUCUUCCCACUC